AUGAGGGGGGAGGGGAGGGGAAGGAGGCAACAUCCGCUCGCUGGGCCCCGCCCCGCCUCGCCUCACCGGAAGUGUCCGCGUCUGGGAAUCCACGUGCCCACUGCGUGGAGGUGGGGCGCGCGCCGUCAAACGUGGCCCCAACGUGGCCCCGCGCGCUUGCCCCGUGCCCCUCUGUGGCUGCGUGGCGUUGACGGACGCGUUGAGGCGUAGGUCGUAGCAGGCUUUGUGUUUUUUUUGCUCUCUCUCGAACCCAGUUCGAUUCCCGAUCACGGGCCUCCCCCCCCCCAACAACCAGUGACGAUUAUCUGAACCGGUCGUGGGUCGACUCAGCCUCAAAAUAAAUACCCGCUGCGGUGUGUUUAAAACGCCGCUGACUCUGGAGAUAAACGGCGGCGGGAUGUGGUGUUUGUCCGCUGUAAAUGUACACGCGAUAAGCCACUUAGUUGAGCUAUCAUUUGUGGCCAGGUCGCUUCUGAACAAGAGCCAUACGGGCCCUUAACUGGUCAAACAAAAAUAGAAAAUAGUUGGUGUGCCGUACCGGCCUUCACAGGUGCCUGGCUACUCGCUGCGUUACAAAAGACGUCUUGUCAAGGCUACACGAAGCGGUGGUGGGGGGAGGGGAAAUUUGUUGUUGUUGUUGUGGCUGUAGCAGGGAGACGUUCGUGAAGGCCAUGGAGGCUGGAGGAGCCGGCGGAGGAGGUGGAGGAGGGGAGAUGGCGCUUUACGUGUGGCCGAGGAGGGCGGCGUGCCUGACCGCUCACGUCGGCUGCGUGGCGCUCACCGUCACCCUGGCGGCGCUCAGCAUGCCGGGCAGCAGUGUGUUCUCCUGGCACCCGUUCCUCAUGUCGCUCGGGUUCUGCCUGUUCAUGACGGAGGCGGUGCUGCUGUUCUCCCCGGACUGCUCGCCGCUGCGCUCGUGGCCGCGUGCCGCGCGGGCACGCUGGCACUGGGUGCUGCAGGCGCUGGCCGUGACCUGCGCCGUCGCUGGCCUAGCCGCCAUCUGCUGGGAGAAGCAGCGCAAUGGGCGGCCGCACUUUUCAUCGUGGCACGGCCUCCUCGGCCUCAUCACCUGCAUCUACGUGUUCGUGCAGGCUUGCUGCGGCCCGGCUCUGCUCUACCCGAAGCUGCUGUUCAAGAAGGUGUCUCUGGCCAAGUUGAAGCUGUACCACGCCACCUACGGCCUGCUGGGCUACGUGCUCGCCUGCACCAGCGUGCUGCUCGGCCUGUGCUCGGCGUGGUUUGCGUCCCACGUCGCCGGCCCCGCGUGGCUCGCCUGCGCCGCAUGCCCGGUGCUCGCCGCGCUGGUGGCCAUGAACCAGGUCACCAACGCCUACCUCUUCCAGAAGCGCGUGCAGCUGUGACAGCGCCGGCCGAUGCCGCCGGUCGCUGGCGCGGUCGUCGCCUUCGGCGAGACCGUCAAGACCGUCGGUCGGUGUCGGCGACGUCCGGCGGCGGCAUCGUCGUCACGGUCAUCGGCGUCAUUGCGACCGGGAUUUUAAUUGGCUGAGAUUAAAUUCGGGGGGGGGGGGGGGAACUGCGUUGCCGUACACCGGUGUGACCGCUGGCUGGUGAAAUCGUCGUCGAGGUCAUCGUUGGGUGGCGUUGUUGCAAUCGGUGGCAGUAUCGUCGCCGUCAUCGUCUUCCUUUUCAGAGUUUUUAUUAAAAAGAAAAUUAAGAGACUUGGCAGUGGCGCGUGCACAAGAUGUGGCCGCCAGCUCGUGACAUCAUCUUCAUCGUCGUCAUUGAAAGGUGGCGGCUUCUAUGCCCCACUGCCUUCACCACCCCACACUUACUAGCGUGAAGUAUACUCAGAUAACGUAUGAUAUCUGGAGGUCCUCAUCCAGCAGUGGAUUAAUAAAAGGACUGUCCAUGUACAUUACUAUUAUAACCAGGUGAGAGCCUCAUGAGAUUAAUUAGCUCUUGCAAUGAGGGGUUUUUACAGGUGCAGUCAGGUCAUGAUUUGGCCAUUUUGCGAUUCAGUUAUGGUUUAUGAUUGCAAAUCGAUUCAAUAAUUAAUUCUUUAUUUAAUACACGUAAGUCCUUAACGUAUGACAUUUAUGAUUUGACCAAACGUGCUCAUGCACGUGGUUUGGUAUGUGUACCCUGUGCUUACGAAUCGCUGUUAAUCAAUUAGAUUACUUGAGUAAUAACCGGUUGUUCUACCGGUUAUCGGUUCUAUUACUCGACCAACCGGGUGGCACGCAAAUAGUUGGGGAAAAGAGUCUCGCCUUUGUUGCAGCGUGUGCCGCUGUACAGGAGGUGAUGGACGCAACUUGGUGGCAUCUUCUUCGGCUGCAUCACGCUGGCCGUGGAUCGUCGGGGGGGGGGGUUCCCGCCUUCGGGCGGCAGGAUGUAGGGGCGGCCGCCAUUUUUAAAGGGGGGGGGGGGUGCUACAGCGAUCGACCAUAAAAAAGUAGUGGAUGAAUCAACGUAAUUGGCUCACCGUCGCAGCUUUACAAUUAAAACGAACGUCGAUUCUCGUGCUUAGCGUCGCUUACCCCAAGCAUUAAAAUAUCAACUGAUGAAUCGGUGCAUCGUUACUUUCCCCGGUUAUUGUUACUGCACCGGCCUCCUUUAUUUAAUCGUCUUAGAGAGCGUCGACAGAGAUUCGUCGUCACUUGCAGAAAAGGGGGCGAAACAGUCGGCGUAUCUUGAUGUAGGAGCCACGCGUCCAUCGUCUCUUUGUUUAACUGUCUUGAGAGCUCGUUGGGAUUUAUUUUCUGUCGCAUGCGGCGCAAUGUGAUGACCACGGACAGCGGUAACGGAUGGCGAUGAUAAUAACGACAUCGAUAACGAACGGAUGUGACCGGUGAUGUGAAUUAAGAGUUCACCAAAUCUAAACUAACACUUUUUUAUUUUACUAGGUAAGGCCCACAGAAGUUACCUGGCCACCAACGACAGCUCAACAAAGUGGCUCGUGGAAAUUUCACAGCAAAAUACGCAUGGUAGAACAUGCAAACUCCAAAUAUAUAUGGCUUCAGGGUCGGGCUCAAACCCACCUGUAUAGCAGGCGGGGUAGUUAACGUCUCACCACCGCAGCGCAAAACCACAAAAUCACCUGCUCCACACCCCGAUCUCAUCAGAUCUCAGAAGCCAAGCAAGCUUGAGCCUCAAUAGUACCUGGAUAGACGACCAUCUUGCUCAAACAGGUUGGUACCAGGCUGCUUCGGGACUGUGAGCAGGGCAGUACAGCAACAACCCGUUGUCGUACCGUACUUCUACGAUGCCGCUCGUCCGCUUCCCACCGUCGCCAAUCCACACCGACCGGCGUGAAGUUCCAAGUGACCACGGCUUCCCCACCCUGCGUGGGGAGGCCGUCAUCCAGCAGUGGAUUGGCAAAAGGGCUGUACGCGCAACACGUGUGCAACGAGCGGUAGCAAUCGAAGGAUUUGACACAGCCGGAAUGUAUUGUUAGUGGGAGAUUGUGAUUAUUUAACUGGCUCGUUUGGAGCACGUGAAGACAGAGAAACGUGACUGCGUAGGGUUUUUCGCGGUUGUGCUGCUGUGUACCUCUCCGGCGCGUUUUAUGGUUAUGCUUACCGCGUGUCGUUCCGAACCAUGUCCGACGUUUCACUCCAACCCUAAAGAAGCGGCUCCCAGCACGUAGCGCAAAACGUCCAACGGUUCACUUGAUUGAUGAUCCAGCGCUCGCCGAUUCACUUCAGUCAUUCGUUCACCUGGUUUGGCAGUCGCCCCCUUUUAUUCUUUCGAUCGCUUCUACCAUUUUGAGUGUUCCCGUUAAUUUCACUUAUUGGCUCCUCUGACCAUGUUGAGGACUCUGUCUACGACGAGACGCGGCUUGUUUCAUCUCAUCUAGUCCACACUGUUCAACCAACACGCUGCAAGUCACAACCACUAACUCAACGACUUACCGUACUCAUUCACGCACACAACGCAUCCACUCAUUCGCUCACAAACUCACCCCACUCUGCACAUUGCAGGUAACAAUGCUCUCUGCUUCUUUCCUCGCAACUACUCUGCUGUGCAAUUCCAUCAUCCCAAACACCCCCCCCCUCUCUUGUUCCGUUCAAGAAUAUGAACUUAAAAAAGAUUCAGUAUUCUAAUCACGUCAGCAGUGCGUCUGUUUGUUGCUGGCCAUUUGGCGUUUUUGGGCCUGUGCCCGGCACCGUGCAGUACAACCCUAAAGCAAGCGGGAGAGCUACACAGGACGCGUCGGUGUCGUGUUGUUUGAUUUUGAAGUCUCUUAUCGUUUAGUUUUCUUGUGUACCUUGUGUUGUUACCAGGGCUUAAUUUCAGCCGGGGUCUGUCCAGGUCUGCGACACAGGAGAAAAUGAUUUGUCCAUCGCACACCACAUCCAGUAUACCUCAUGCUUGCGGGCUGUGGCUACUUAGUCGCAUGCCAACUAGAUCUACCAGCGACCUGAAAAAAAUUCCGAGAGAAAUUAAGCCCUGGUCAUUGUGUUUGGGUUUUUUUUUAUAUCCGUAACGACAGUUACAAGGAACCCCGGAGGGCACUUUUGUACAUUCCAGAGUUUUAUACAUCUGGGUGGGCAGAUGAAGUCAACAUUGAAUGGUUGUUGGAACUGA